UAUUCACUGCCACUCUUUUUAUCCGUUUCGCUUUUAUGAGGCACAAAAAGCUUUUUUGCGUCAGUUUGCGUUGCACUCUUCGAGGGAAAGUGCAGCGAUGGAAAAUCAGCGGAAUAUGACCGAUUUGCCGCUGGAAGUUCUGGAUCGCAUAUUCAGAUACUGUGGAAACACAGUCAACAAGGUGAACUUGGCCCAAGCGCAUCCAUAUUUUGUGGAAGCAUUUGUUUACCACAGUCGAAAUGCCUUCAAAGACAUAUAUUACCUCACUGGAAUAAGCAUGAGUUGCUGGGAAUAUAUUCUGCCGCUUUGCGGAUCCAAUGUGAAUCUUAUUAAAAGAUCAGCUUAUAAGACUAAUGAUCUUAGCUUGGACAACUUGAUUUUACAGCAUUGUCACAACUUGAAAGACAUUAGUUUAAGUUUUGAUGUCGAAGGCUUGAAUUAUGUUUCCAAUUUCAUAAGCGACAAAAAAAACUCAGUCAAGUCACUUGAUCUGCACUUCAAAGGAUCAAGGACAUCGGAAGAUCAAAUCAAGUUACUUGAGGACCUGCCUGACUUACCUCAUCUGACAAAGCUGCGGAUAAAACAAACUCCUUCUGACGAUCUGCAUUGCAUACAAAAGUUCAUAAAUUUGACGGAGCUGGAUUUAGAAAUAGUUCGAGAGUUUUAUCCGAAGGUUGCACCCGCCGAUCCAGUUGAUAUAUUCUCCAUCUGUGCCCCCCUCAAAAAGCUUCGACUUCUCAAAGUAAAAGGAAUCGAUAUAGCAUCCGACGAUCCCGAGGUCAACCCGACAUUAAAUUCUUUGGAAGAUUUGAACAUUGUACAUUGUGAUAUUUCAAUGGAGUUUCCUGUUUUUCCCAAGCUUAAAGUAAUCCAAUUUAAUUACAUAAGAACCUUUACCAGUGCGUCUUUAGUCCGCAAAUCUAUUAUUAAUCAGGGAGAAACCCUGGAGAGAUUGCUUUUCCUUCGUGGAACUACGCCUUAUGAUGGCGAGGGACUACUUGAACUGGUUAAAGGAUGCAGAAAACUUCGAUACUUUCUGGCACCGAUACACGCGGUCAAGUUCACCUUGGACCUUGUUACCAGAUUAAUAAAUGAUUUAAAGAAAAACGGGUACACGACGGACGAUCCUUUGGAACUGGUGAUGGACGAAUAUUUCAAACUCAAGUGGCUUUGUCACUGGCUGAAGUUCGCAUCAAGCGAAAAGUUAAUUAAACCUCGUCUGGAUGAGCCUGUGGAAUAUAACCUUAAAAACUAUCCUUGGUACUAGAAAGAAGUAAGAAAGAUUUUCGCUAAGUUCCACUUAAAACUUAAAUUUAUAAAAUGACUGUAAAAAUUAAUGUAUAAUCUUUUCCAACCACCAACUUAUAUUGAUUUUUCCAUCAUAAGUAUUAACAUUUUUUCAGUAUCCGAUAAGCAAAAGACUUUUUAAAGAUAUUAGAGAUUUUAGGAAAUGUUUACUGGAAUGCGGCAUCUAUGCUUUUCUUUUAUUUUUGUAAAGAUAGUUGCUGAUAGUAUAAUACUUUUUGUAAGCGAACACUUUAACAAAUUGAAUAAAAAUAUUACUGUCAAUAUAAGAGAUUUUAUUAAUAAAAACAAGGUCGUUUACAAAAUGUCAUCGAACUUUAAGGAAGAGAAACCAACGGUUUCAACCAACGGUUUGUUUAUUAUUUUGUUUGAACCCCAAAAACCCCCCUCGAGUAAGUAGGUUUUUUCAAUCAGAUGAUAUAGUGGAAGUAUUUACAUAUAGCAUUAUACAAAUAUUUUGUAUUAAUAUGCUCAUUCCAUUAAAUUGUUCUUCUCCCUAGUUUGUAGCAUUCGGAGGUUUACAAAUUUGGUGGAGCUGAACUUAGAAAUGUAUAGAGAG